ACCACUUUUGACAGCAUUGAGUUUUUCUUCCGUUGAACGCAUAGCUGUUUUGGUCGAAUUCUAUUUAUAUUUUUACAGAAUUGCAAAAAAAAACGAAAACUUUUCCAAUAUUUGGUCCUCUCUCCGAUAAUAAGAGCGUACCUUCCUCCAUGCUAAGGUCAAUCCUCGGCAUGGACUUGGUCACAGUGAUCCUUGUCAUGUUCUAUCCGGCUCUCGUGACCCCGUGUGACCUUGUUCCAUUGGGCCUCCAUUCUUGCCUUGACCUCACGAGUACGGCGCACAUCAGCACACAGGACACACACUUUGGCCGUUAUAUCGAAGGCUCCAGUACAAACAGUAAGGGUGAAAUGUUUGCCGUAAAUUAUGGAAAUGAUUUCACGCUUUAUACUCUGGGUCAAUUCUAUCCGCAACAACGUCUCUUCUACGCAGACCCUGUGCCACACACACACUUUAACGGGAUAAGGUUUCUCAACGAUAAUACGGCAUACACCGUGGACGCUGCGAACCAUCGCGUCCUUCAAUUAACGGUGAACCAGUAUCCCAAUGGUCCACCAACGGUGGUGGGGUCAUCCGUUUUCUGCGGGGACGCCACCAUGAUCGAGCCAAAUGACCUAACCCUGUCCAAAUUUGGCACCGUUUUUACGUCGGGGAUGAGAAUGCUUGCGGACACGGACGAUACUGAUGGGGAUAUUUGGAGCUGUCUGCAAAAUGGAGAGGUUAAACUUUUAGAGACCAUGGGUCGCACCAACGGAAUCGAGCUCUCCCCCGAUGAUACUAAACUAUACGUUUCCGAGUCCUACAACAGGGGAGGAACACCAUACGUUCAAAAAAUUUGGCUUUAUGAUGCCGACGUUACGAGCGGAACAAUUUCUGGAAAACGUCUCUUUGUCGACUUCUCCCUUCUCGACGGUACUCAAAAUUUCGACAUUGAUGGAAUGAGGACUGACGUGGCUGGGAAUCUGUGGGUCACUCGACACGGUGCCGGACAAGUCGUUGUGUUCAAUUCGACAGGGUCUGUUAUCGCUCGAGUGCGAAUCACAUUCCCAAAUCCGACCAACCUUGAGUUUGGAGGACCUGCAGGAAGGACCGUCUACAUCGUUGGAAAAUGCGAAGGGGCUAAUACCGGAUGUAUUGAUAGACUAGAAGUCGUCACACCGGGAAGGUCAUGGUCUAAUUUGCAGCCAUUCGGCUCCAGUACGGAAGGCUGCUGGUGUCCCGAGUGAGUCGAGAUACUUUGUGGGGAAUGGUAUUUGGAAAAACUUUACUACUAAAUCAGGUCCACAUUAAGAGGAAAAAAAUAUUGCCAAAUAAACUCGUUACUUUUUAAACAAUUA